AUGAAGGAAAGCAGAAAGCGCAGAAGAUCGAGACGUGAUAGCUCGUCCUCAUCAUCGUCCUCUAGCAGAGACAAUAGUUGCAGCUCUAGCAAUACUAGCGAUAGCAGUUCCCGUUCCAGUUCUAGCAGCACAAGUAGUAGCAGCACCGACCGCAAACGCAGAAAAAAGGAGCUCAAGAAAAAGCUUGCAAAACAGCAGAAGAAAGAAGCGAAAGCCAAAAAGAAAGCACUUCGCAAGGAAAAGAAAGCGACACGAAAGCAGGAAAAGCAAGCUAAGAAGCUGGCAAAACGAAAGCUCAAGGAACAGCGUAGAAAGGAAAAGGAACACUCGAAGGAUGCGCCUGCAGCCGGCCGAAAUACUGCGCCGGUGAUUCCACGGAAGGUGCAGGUGGACCAAGAAACUACUGCAGGACUGUUGGACUGUGGCAUACCGUUAGAUUUAAUGAAUCGCAAAGCAAUGGCACCAGAAACACGGGAAGAAUAUGAGGCCCGCCAAUCGAUUCUACGCCGGGUGGUCGAUCCAGAAACUGGUCGGACGCGAUUAAUCAAGGGUGAUGGAGAAAUCAUCGAAGAGUGUGUAACCCGCGAUCGGCACAAGGAAAUAAACCGUCAGGCGACGGCCGGAGAUGGGGCAGAGUUUCAGCGUAAAACACUCGGUCGCAAUGUGCGAUGA